AGUAGCGACCUCAACUCGAAAUGCCGGUUAGAAUCGAUUUGAGCUCCAAUGCAUCGGUCAGACUGCUCAGUGUCAACGAUGAGAACACCGCAUGCGCAUAUUUGGCAAAUCUCUACAUUCCAAUCUUCUCCCUAGAUUCUGGAAAGGUGAUUCGUCGCUAUGAGGUGCCCAACCAGAUUGCUGGAAUUCAUUUCAGUUUCAAUAAGAAAUCUGUAAUCUACGCGGUCGACGAUUCAUUUGGACUUCACACUUUUGAUUUCCGCACCGACUCGAAGAAGAAGCAUCGCAUGAACCCAGAGUCUGAGAAUCACAACGUCGUCUGCACUGCAUUGUCGUCGAACAGCACAACUAUUGCAGUCGCUAGCUCCGAGUUUGGAGGUGGAAUCCUUGACGUUCGGGGUUCUCGACGUCGUGAGCAUCAUCAUCAUGUUGUUUCACUUUACGACCUGCGUUACCCGAAUGAUCCAAUUACUAGCUACUUCAAACGGCUCAAAUCGUCAGUAACAAGUAUGGAGUUUUACUUGAACGGAAACGAUCUGAUCCUAGGAGAUGAGAGCGGCUCCAUCAAGUCGUUUGACUGUCAACUUCGAGAUGAAGAUAAUGCUGUUCGGUGGGAGCGCUGGGCAACGGGACCCAUCUCCAAAGUUGGAGUGAUCAACAAGCGAAUUGUGUAUGGAAUCUCCCGACAAUCUCAAGCUUCAGUAUUUGUUGACAGUAAAGGAAAAUUGGAGGUUCUCUAUGGAAGUGUCACUGAAAGCGCCGAUGAUCCAGUUGUUGGGACUUCAAAAGCAUAUUACAAGGAUCCAGAAUGGUGCAUUGGGCUCAUCAAAGGAGUGAACGACGAUAUUCCAUUGGUGGGGGUUCAUGGUGUCAAGAAGAAGAAAAUUAUCUCUAUGACAGCAAUGAACCAAGAUGGUGUCCGUCAAGAGAAGCCAAUGUUGAGCUACAAAGGUCACAAAGGAGAAGUGAAGUGCAUGGCCGCAACCAAGGAUCUUCUGCUCACCGGCGGAGAAGAUGGAAAAGUUAUUGUGCAGAUUGCCAAUUUUAAAAACCCCAAGUUUGGCGAUGACAACAUUAACCACCACCGUCUGACACUGAACCGUGGCAAUUUGGCAGAACUUAAAGACAAAGGUCUCGAGAAAGACGAUGAAGCUAUCUCCGAAUCUGAUGAUUCCGAGUCGGAUGAUGGAUCAAAGCCAAGUACAUCUGCAUCUGCAUCAGUGUCUUCUUCUUCGAAACAUAAGAAGGACAAACACGACAUUCCAUCAACUUCAUCGGCAGCUUCUACUUCGUCAUCUUCUUCAUCCAAACAUGAAACAAAAGAGGAGCGCAAAGCACGAAAGGAAAAGGAACGUGAACGAGCGGAAAAGAAGGCUAAGAAGGAGAAAGAUGGUCAUCGGGAGGAGGAAAAGCCCAAGAAGAAGGAUAAAAAGCACGAAACUGAGGAGGAACGCGCGGAACGUAAGCGAAAGGAAAAGAAAGAAAAGGAGCGUCAGGAGAGAAAAGAGAAGGAACACGAUGAGCAAAAGAAAAGACACCGCGACAAUGAAGAGGGAGCUGGAUCGAGCUCUAAACGGUCCAAAGCUCCAUAGGCAAUUCAUAAUUUUUGUUUUAUAUUUAUUUAUUUAUUUAUCACUUUCAACCCCAGUUCUUCUCCCAAAAGCCUUAUCAUUUUUCGCCCAUUUAAAUUAAGUUAUAAUUUAUUGAAAUUAUAAUAUCAUAGAACAAAAUUUCGCUCAUCCCAAGCAUUUCUUUAUUGAUUUUUUGUUAAAUUUACACCAGUCUUACUUUCAGUCUCGGAUCUCCUUGCAACUAUUGAUCCCCAUGAUUCAAAUUUAUUGAGCAUUCCUCAGACAGAUCUACCUAAAAGUCUAUUUUUUGUUGAAUAAAUUGCAAUUGAAAAA